ACGUGGAAACGCGGUCUGUCAAAAUCAGGGGGGUCAGCCGCAUGACCUUAAACCCUUAGCGAUUACAAAGUCCUGAGCUCAUCGCGGCCUUGGGAGAUCUUUCUGAUUUAUUUGUCUUUGGGAGGAAUUUUUCAACAGAGGAACAAUAAGCCAACUCUUCUUUGGUUGAUCACUCGUGGUAUGCCACAUAAUUAUACGACGAGAGACCCUCAGUGAGAAGUGCAUACGACAAUUAGUUUUACAACGAUUUUCACUACGAUGCUCUGGACUGUCUCGUCUUCACUUUGAUGCACAAUCGCCGAAUUCAGCGACCAACAUGCGAAUACUACGGUUUUCUCAUUCAGCUGUCGGCAGCAGGUUGCGAAGCCGUGGGUCAGUGUCUUUGGGCAGAUAUGGUCUUGUGGGACUAAGUCUAAGAAGAUCAAAUUACGCCGCCCGAUAUCUUGGGACGGAUGCAAAUACAGAUCAGACGCCGGACACAGCUUUAGCGCCUGUUCAUUUCAAUGAGAUACAGUAUGGUUUACCACCUCCUCUGGAGAAUGAACAGAUCAGUGAAAAGGCUGUUGGAGAUGUCAGCGAGAAGGUCAGAGAGACCUCUCUGGCGUCCAGAUUCGUUGAAACUCAGAAACUAGGUAUUGCAAAAAGCCUCGAUAACGAGAUCGAUGACGAGCACGGCAUUACAUCAGAAAACUACAUCACGCGCGAGGAGGCUUUGACACGCUUCAGGAAUUUGAUGAGGGAAUUCAAUUCAGCAGAGCUGGAAGCGUUCAUCUGUGAUUCGAUCAGCGAGAGUCAAGACGGUACGCCGAGAUUCUUAAAGAACCCUGAUCUGAUUUGGAGAAUCAUUGUGCAUGUGAUGGGAAAACACACCCAUCUGGAAAUCCGGCAAGAGUUGGCGUCUCAGAUUUCACCGUCAACGUUCUCAAGCCUGCUCAGUUUGACCAGGACUAUCAGAGGCCACGAUAGAUAUCAAGUGACAGCACUGGUUGGAGAUUUGUUCUUUCUUAAUGAUGCAGGCUUGGUAUUGACUCCCGAUGCUCUAAAAAACUACAUCAUAGCUCUCGGAAGAACAAACAGAUUCGCCGAAGCUUUCAAGACCUGGGAGCGGUUCUAUCCAGACGGAGAUUUCGAGGACGAGAGAAAGGAAACGUGGAUGGAGCUAGGUAUAGCUCUCUACAUCGACCAAGGCAAACUCGAUUUGGCAGCCGCGGCGGCUAGACGGCUCCAGAAAUUAGCCGGACGAUUGAGGCCACAGAUGAGGACGCGGUUUUUCGUGAAACUGUGCGAGCUUGGGAGGAAGAAAGAGGCGGAGACCGUGUACAGUGAAAUGAUUGAUUCGUUUGGGAUUGCAGAACGACGUUUACAAGAUAAAGCAGUCAUCAAAGAAGAGCGGAAAAAGCUUCACUGGCAGCUUAUCAAGUGCAGCAAAGCCGCGAUCGAUGCAGGGUAUACGGUUCUGAGCAAGACGAUCGUUCAGGACUACGAGUUCCUAGGCGGCGAGCUCGAAGUGGAUUUUGCGUUUGUGCUCGUCGACCGGCUUUCGCAGAACGAAGUCAGCAGAGUGUUUUUCAAAACCGGAAAGUCUCCGCGCGGCAAUGGAGUCGGCGCCUCGGCUGACGUCAGUGGGCUCAAGCAAGCGCUCGAGCUGGCGGAGCUUUUUGAUGACAAUAGUAAGGCUUCGCGCAAGUUUUACGAGCUGGCGAUGCGGAGGUUUUCUUCCCUGGGCCGGCUUGAGGAGACCGUGUCAUAUUUUGAACGGGUGCUGCAUUUAGGAUUGAAGCCUAGUUCUCGUAUGAUUUACUAUCUCCUGCGAAUGAUUCUGUGGAAAGGGAAUUAUCAAGAUGCGUUAGAUAUCUUGGAGACCCUAGAGGCAGUGCGAGCGGCAGAGCUCGCGGGCGAGCCGAUCGACCGCUCGGUCCUGUGCUCACCGGCUGCCGAACACUACGCGCUAUUCAUCAAGUACCAUCUAAUCAGACGCAACGACAGCGUAGCCGCUGACUUUCUCGAGCGCUUGCGCCUGAUGAAAGUGAAACCUACAGUCGCGGUUUUCAACGGCUUGAUGUCGGAUGCACUCCACGAUCACGAUUAUCGCCGAGUUUUCAAAGUCUACGACCUCAUCUGCUCGCUUGCUAGCGAGAAUGUAUUCCCAGACCGGCACACAUUCAUUCUCUUAUGGGACGCAACCAGUCACAUUCAGCGCCUCCGCUUCCGAAAAAUGGCAGGCAAGAAAAUUAGCGAUGAGCAGGUCCAGCAAUUAGACAGGCUCCCUAAGAUCUCGCUGCAGGAGAUGCGCCGGAAUCUGCUGAUGACGAUUGGUAACGGAUCCCGGGACGACGAUUAUGUGCUGUAUUCGCACGUCUUCAGGUCGUUUCUGUACUCUGUCGAUCUCGCUACGUGUUUGCCGCUUAUGGAGUAUUGCGUGCAGAAUCAAAAUAUCCCGCUGGAAGACGAGAUUAUUGAUAUGUUUAUCCGGAACUCGGUUCAGAUUAUUCUGUAUGUGAACAGAAACAAAAAACACAAACGGAAGGAGCUACUAACUCCCGCGAUCCCGAGAGAGUACAUCUCCCACACCCUCCCACCCGGCAAGAAGAAGCACCCCGUGGACGUCCUCGAACGCAUACUCGCGGGCGAUUUACUCGAAAUCUGCUACUUCCGGGGCCGUGGCGUGCCGAGCCCAAUCACAUGGGAAGAUCUGAUGCGACUGGUCUUCCUUUGGUUGAGAAAGGGUAUUUCGCAGGCUAAUAUCGACGGUCUGGAGAAGUAUAUGGAUGAGCUGAGGACGAAGCUGGGUCUGGACUCUCCCACCCCUUUGUAAAUGAUUGUCGUCGCUGAGUUAUAUUUGUAUAUAGUACAAGUCCAUUUCCAGGAGUUUAUGAUUUAAGGAGUA